GGACACUGGAACUUAAUAAAGGAGAGAAGAAAAUGGAGCGAGGGCAAACCCGUCUGUAAGGGAUCGCUGCAAACCGGUUUUUAUUCGGUUUGUGCUAAAUGAGUCGAGGCGUGACAAGAACCCUUUGUCUGCGGGACGACGGAUCUGGCGACCAUUAAUUCCUCGCGGAGACGACGUCUGAAGACUCCGCCCGGGCUGGGGGUGGGGAGGGUGCACCGCGUGGAGAGCUCAACCAAGAAUUAAAGUGAGCGAACAAAGAGACCGCCCAGCUGCCGCCCGCCAGCGCCGCGCAGCUGCAUCGAGAGACGCAGAUCACACCCGGAAGGCUCUUGGAAUCCGCCUCCCCAAGACCCAGAGCUUAAGUAAAUAAUUGAUGGCGAUUGAUCCGGCCCAGAACAAAGCUCUGCGGAAAACCAGCGCAUCCGAUUCCGAGAGGCUUUGGAAGCUUCCGCCAAGGAAGGGGCCGGUGAGGUCAGCUCAUGAAUAUCCGUGCACUUCCCGGGGCGCGUCUGGCACGGCGUGGUACCUCGCGGGUUCGCCGGCUCCGAGCCGCAGCUCCAUCCAGCCCAGCCGCGGACGCCGAAGGAGUCAUUCGCUCUCCCGGCUGCUGAGUCUCCGCGUUCACGCCAUUGUUUGGAGAAAGCGAGUGGGUGUGGAACUGGUGCGAACCGGCCCAGAGUGAAAGUGCUCAGCCAGACGGUCGCAUAUACAAUACUGCGAAGUGCAACUUUCCUCCUCUCCUGAAGACACAAUAAUAAAUCCUGAAGUCCCCCGAAGAUAGAAGGAAAGAGCUGUCGAUUGACUUCAAAAAGCAUCGCCUCUGCUAAGAAAUUAGAAAGGAAGGUUGGUGGCAGUGAAGAGGGAAGCGAAUGAUCUGGUGAUGGACUAUUGUGUAUCACGUCCCUUAGAUUCUUCCUAGACCACCAUGAGUCAGCCACCGACGGGGGGCGCUGCCCCUGUCACAGCAGCGCCUCCUGCCGCCACCGGUGCCACUGAGGCUCGCUCGCACCCGGAGGGCAGCAGCAGAAAGCAGCAGCGUGCUCAGUCACCCGCUAGACUGAGGGACAAUUCGGUCCGACAGGCAACCGCGACCACCCGGGCCCCAGUAGGGGCCGGCACUAAACUCAAUUCUAGUCGACCGCAGCAGCAGCCGCAGCAGCUAGGCAACAAGGUCGGGAGCCGUGCAGCGCCUCCGGCCAGCGCCCGGGGAAGCGGAGGCGGGGCGGAGAAGGCCGCGCCCCCGGCGCCCAAGGGGGCGGCCUCGGGAGCUGUCCAGCCUGUGGCUGGUGCUGAAGCAGCCCUAGUGGCGACCGUGGCCCCUGUGGGUGUCAGGAGGCCUGGCCUGUCGGAGGAGCCGCCCCGGGAGCUAGAGCCCGCUCCCUCUAAACUCGGGGAACCCCCUCCGCUAGGAGAAGGAGGAGGAGGAGGUGGGGAAGGAGGAGGAGCCGGCAGUGGCUCCGGGGAAAGGGAGGGGGGCGCUCCGCUGCCACCGCCGCCGCCCAGGGGCUGGCGAGGGAAAAGCGUCCGCGCUCAGCAGAGGGGCGGCAGCGGCGGGGAGGGGGCCUCCCCUUCGCCAUCCUCCUCCUCCUCUGCGGGCAAAAGCCCAGGCUCCGGCAGCAGAAAUUCCGGGCUUGGCGUGGUGGCGGGUGGCGGCGGUGCUGGAGGGAGCUACUGGAAGGAAGGAUGUCUGCAGUCUGAGCUCAUCCAAUUCCAUCUGAAGAAAGAGCGGGCGGCGGCGGCGGCCGCGGCUCAGAUGCACGCUAAGAACGGCGGCGGCGGCAGCGGCAGCCACCGCAGCUCUCCGGUCCCCGGCGCCCCUGCCGUUUGUGAGCCCCUGGCGGUCCCUGCCGCCUCCCCAAUGGCGGCGGCGGCAGAGGGCCCCCAACAGAGCGCAGAGGGCAGCGCGAGCGGCGGGGGCAUGCAGGCGGCGGCGCCCCCUUCGUCGCAGCCGCACCCGCAGCAGCUCCAGGAGCAGGAAGAAAUGCAGGAGGAGAUGGAGAAGCUGAGGGAGGAGAACGAGACUCUGAAGAACGAAAUCGAUGAGCUGAGGACCGAGAUGGACGAAAUGAGGGACACUUUCUUCGAGGAGGACGCCUGUCAACUGCAGGAAAUGCGCCACGAGUUGGAGAGAGCCAACAAAAACUGCCGGAUCCUGCAGUACCGCCUCCGCAAAGCCGAGCGCAAGCGGCUCCGCUACGCGCAGACCGGCGAGAUCGACGGGGAGCUGCUGCGCAGCCUGGAGCAAGACCUCAAGGUUGCAAAGGAUGUAUCUGUGAGACUUCACCAUGAAUUGGAAAAUGUGGAAGAAAAGCGAACAACAACGGAAGAUGAAAAUGAGAAACUGAGGCAACAGCUUAUAGAAGUUGAGAUAGCAAAGCAAGCAUUACAGAAUGAACUGGAAAAAAUGAAGGAGCUAUCUUUAAAGAGAAGAGGAAGCAAAGAUUUGCCAAAAUCUGAAAAAAAGGCUCAGCAGACUCCCACAGAGGAGGACAAUGAAGAUCUGAAAUGCCAGCUGCAGUUCGUGAAGGAAGAAGCCGCUCUGAUGAGGAAGAAAAUGGCCAAGAUUGACAAAGAAAAGGACAGAUUCGAACACGAGCUGCAGAAAUACCGAUCCUUUUACGGGGAUCUGGACAGUCCUUUGCCCAAAGGAGAAGCCGGGGGCCCGCCCAGUACCAGAGAAGCCGAGCUCAAGCUGCGGCUGAGGCUGGUGGAGGAAGAAGCCAACAUCCUCGGCAGAAAGAUCGUCGAACUGGAAGUGGAGAACCGAGGCCUGAAGGCGGAACUGGACGACCUGCGGGGCGACGACUUCAACGGCUCGGCCAACCCCCUGAUGAGGGAGCAGAGCGAAUCCCUGUCGGAGCUGCGGCAGCACCUGCAGCUGGUGGAGGACGAGACGGAGCUGCUGCGCAGGAACGUGGCCGACCUGGAGGAGCAGAACAAGCGCAUCACGGCGGAGCUCAACAAGUACAAAUACAAGUCGGGGGGCCACGAGAGCGCGAGGCACCACGACAGCGCCAAGACCGAGGCCCUGCAGGAGGAGCUGAAGGCGGCGCGCCUGCAGAUCAACGAGCUCAGCGGCAAGGUCAUGCAGCUGCAGUACGAGAACCGCGUGCUCAUGUCCAACAUGCAGCGCUACGACCUGGCCUCGCACCUGGGCAUCCGCGGCAGCCCCCGCGACAGCGACGCCGAGAGCGACGCGGGCAAAAAGGAGAGCGACGACGACUCGCGGCCGCCGCACCGCAAGCGCGAAGGGCCCAUCGGCGGCGAGAGCGACUCGGAGGAGGUGCGCAACAUCCGCUGCCUCACGCCCACCCGCUCCUUCUACCCCGCGCCGCCGCCGGGGCCCUGGCCCAAGAGCUUCUCCGACCGGCAGCAGAUGAAGGACAUCCGCUCGGAGGCCGAGCGCCUGGGCAAGACCAUCGACCGCCUCAUCGCCGACACCAGCACCAUCAUCACCGAGGCGCGCAUCUACGUGGCCAACGGGGACCUGUUCGGACUCAUGGACGAGGAGGACGAAGGCAGUCGUAUCCGUGAGCAUGAGCUGCUCUACCGCAUCAACGCGCAGAUGAAGGCCUUCCGCAAGGAGCUGCAGACCUUCAUUGACCGCCUCGAGGUGCCCAAGUCCGCCGACGACCCCGGCGCCGAGGAGCCCAUAUCCGUGAGUCAGAUGUUCCAGCCUAUCAUUUUACUUAUUCUCAUUCUUGUAUUAUUUUCGUCACUUUCUUACACAACAAUAUUUAAACUUGUCUUCCUUUUUACACUGUUUUUUGUACUGUAAACCUUUCAUCAUUUACCAUUCAUUGUAGUAUUUCAGUUUGUUUGUUUUGUUCACCCUUCAAGACAAGAAGUAAAAGAAGUAUAAUUUCUGUAGUAACCAAUGCUAUAAAAACACUGAAGACUGCUUAUUUCUUUAAAAAGACGCAUCUUCCCACUACCAAAUUCAGUAAGAAGCCUGAGCAUUAAAUAUUUCAGGCUUUGUUUUAAAGGCAAGUGAGACUGCUUCAAAUAAAACAACUCCAAGCUUCCAAGAAACAGUUAAGAGAAGGCAGAGACGAGCAGAAACACCCCUUCACUAACACUCACACGGUUACCAUGGAGCUGCA